CCAGGUUCCUAUCUGAAUUCCUGCUGCUCUCUUUCUCUCUCUGAGAUCAGUGAAAAAAUAUCUCCAACCGUCCGGAAUCUCUCUCUCUCUUCACCUUUACACAUUAUGUCUGCACUGACGCCUCUCAUUUUGCUAUUCUCCACCUCGGCUUUGGUUUAACCCCGCAAAUAUGGAUUGACUUUGAUUUUACUCGGUCGCCUGUUGAAGUUUUGAAGCGGCGGAUCGUGUCUCUGCUCAACGAGCUUCAUGUUUCCUUCGGCAACUUUCGGAAGUAACUCGUUCCGGAUGCGUUGUUCACACUAUUGAACUGAUCCGUGCGCGCGAUCAGGGGGAUUUUAAAUCGGGAUCGUGUCCGAGGCUUUCCACACUUCUUUUAUUCGUGUUUAAAGUGAUGGCGGAGCGGGGAGCCCGGCUGCUCCUCUCUCUUUUCUGCCUCACGAUCACACUUUCACAUGCUGACAAAGGAUCAGCAUUGAGGGACUUCAGCCCAUUCCAGUUCUCCACGGAGCCGUCGGAUACGCUGGUUGUGCGGGGAGCGCCGGCGUUGCUCAACUGCUCGGUCCACGCCGAGUCUCCUGCCAAGAUCGAAUGGAAGAAAGACGGCUCUUUCCUCAGCCUGGCCUCAGAUGAUCGCAGGCAGGUCCUGGCCGACGGUUCCCUGCUCAUCAGCUCAGUGGUCCACUCUAAACACAAUAAACCCGAUGAAGGGGUUUACCAAUGCGUGGCCACUAUAGACAACCUGGGCACCAUCGUUAGCCGUACAGCUAGACUCAAUGUAGCAGGAAUACCGCGGUUCCUCAGUCAGCCGGAAGCGGCGUCGGUGCGGGUCGGGGACAGUCACGUGAUGAACUGCGAGGUCAACCCUGACCUGGUGUCCUUCAUCCGCUGGGAAGUGAACAAGCAGCCGCUGGAGCUGGAUCAGAGAGUGUUUGUGCUGGCCAGUGGAGCUCUGGUCAUCAGUAACUCCAGCGAGGCCGACACGGGCCCGUACCGAUGCGUGAUCGAGAAUGCCGGACCCAUCAAGACCAGCGAAGAGGCGCACUUACACGUUCUGCCGGAAUCCGGAGAGGAGAGGACCCUGGAGUUUCUCCUGGAGCCUCAACCGGUGAUUAAAGUGGUGGGGGAGAGCGUGCUGCUCCCGUGUGUGGUGACGGGAUAUCCCACAGCCUCCGUCACGUGGAUGCACAGAGACCAGCUCAUCGAGGACAGCACGGGCCGCUUCGAGGUGCUCGGCGGAGGCAGUCUGCAGAUCUUCAAUCUCACCGAGGAAGACGCCGGUGUGUACAACUGUCUGGCAGACAACAUCAACGGAUCCAUCGAGGCCCAGGCUGAGCUCACGCUGAGAGCUCCCCCUCACUUCCUGAAGAAACCUGCUAACGUAUAUGCUCAUGAAGCCACAGACGUAAUCUUCGAGUGUGAGGUCACCGGCUCACCGGCUCCCACCAUCAAAUGGGUGAAGAACGGAGAUGCCGUCAUUCCCAGCGACUAUUUCAAGAUCAUUAAGGAGCAGAACUUGCAGGUGCUGGGACUGGUCAAGUCAGAUGAAGGUUUCUAUCAGUGUUUAGCUGAGAAUGACGCUGGUAAUGUGCAGUCGAGUGCUCAGCUCAUCAUACUGGAUCAAGGGUCCCGAGUCGGCGCUGGUCCCAAACCCUCCGGCCCGCGGGACGUCGUGGCCUCGCUGGUGUCCACUCGCUUCAUCAAACUGACCUGGCGUGUUCCCGCCGAACCACACGGAGAGGACGUCACCUACUCCGUCUACUACAGCCUGGAGGGCACUAACAGGGAGAGGAUGGUGAACACCAGUCGUCCAGGAGAGAUGCAGGUCACCAUCCAGAACCUCAUGCCAGACUCCACGUAUGCCUUUCGUGUGGUGGCGCACAACAGAAACGGCCCUGGAGAGAGUUCAGCGCCGCUGAGAGUGGCCACCCAGCCUGAAGUCCAGGUUCCUGGUCCUGCUCCUAACCUUCAUGCAGUGGUCACGUCCCCCACCACAGUGAGUCUCAGCUGGGACGUGCCCCUCAUAGGCAAUGGAGAGAUCCUAAACUACAAGAUCUACCACAUGGAGAAGGGCAUGGACACUGAGCAGGAUCUGGAUGUGAACACCCUGUCCUACACCAUGACUGGACUGAAGAAGUUCACGGAGUACAGUUUCAGAGUGGUGGCCUACAACAAACAUGGACCUGGAGUCUCCACUGAGGACCUUUCUGUGCGCACAUACUCGGAUGUCCCCAGCGCUCCACCACAGAACAUGACGGUUGAAGUGCUGAACUCGAAGAGCAUCAUGAUCAGAUGGCAACCUCCGCCGGCAGAGGCUCAGAACGGCGAGAUCAUCGGCUACAAGAUCCGCUACAGGAAGGGGACGAGGAAGAGCGAGGUGGCGGAGAUCACUUCCGGAUCGCAGCUCUAUCAGCUCAUAGAUGGUCUGCAGCGAGGCACUGAAUACAUGUUGCGAGUGGCGGCCAUUUCGGUGAACGGCACGGGUCCCGCCACAGAUUGGGUCACGGCUGAGACGUUCGAGAGCGAUCUGGACGAGACAAGGGUGCCGGACGUCCCCAGCUCCUUACAUGUGCGGCCUCUGGUGAACAGCAUCGUAGUGAGUUGGACGCCCCCGGAGAACCAGGACAUCGUGGUGAGGGGUUACACUAUCGGCUAUGGGAUCGGCAGCCCUCACGCACAGACCAUUAAAGUGGACUACAAACAGAGAUACUACACCAUCGAGAACUUGAAUCCCAGCUCACACUACGUCAUCACACUGAAGGCCUACAACAACGUGGGGGAGGGAAUCCCUGUGUACGAGAGCGCCAUCACACGACCCCAGUCAGACCCCAUAGACCCUGAUGUUGAUUUGUACGAACUUUUCCAUGCUCCAUACACUCCAGUACCAGAACCUUUACCCAUGCUGCCUCCUGUGGGCGUUCAGGCGUCCGUUCUGGGCCACGACAACAUCAAAGUCACAUGGGCGGACAACUCGCUGCCCAAGAACCAGAAGAUCACAGAUGCACGCUAUUACACGGUGCGCUGGAAGACCAACAUACCUGCAAACACAAAGUUUAAGGUGGCUAAUACCACCACACUUUCUCACACGGUGGUGGGUCUUAAGCCCAACACUUUGUAUGAGUUCUCGGUCAUGGUGACGAAGGCCCGGAGGACCAGCACCUGGAGCAUGACAGCACAUGGGACAACUUUUGAAACAAUCCCAAGUUCUGCACCUAAAGAUGUGACUGUAGUGAGCAAAGAGGGACGACCACGAACCAUCAUCGUCAACUGGCAGCCGCCUUCAGAAGCCAAUGGCAAGAUCACAGGAUACAUAAUUUAUUACAGCACUGAUGUGAAUGCAGUGGUUCAUGAUUGGGUCAUUGAACCAGUAGUGGGAAACAGGCUAACCCAUCAAAUUCAGGAGCUGACCCUUGAUACCACCUACUACUUCAAGAUCCAGGCGCGCAACUCCAAGGGGAUGGGUCCCAUGUCUGAAGCUGUCCAGUUUCGCACUCCUAAAGCCGAACCCUCUGACAAAAUGGCUAAUGACCAAGCUUCAGGACCAGUGAAAGUAGGAAGACCCCCGUCACCAGAUCAAGGCUUUGGACCAGGUGGGAAACCAGACAUGUCUGGCACUGGUGAUAACCACAUCCUGGUUAUUGUCAUCAUUGUGUCCGUGGGAGCAUUUACCAUCAUUGUGGUGGUGGUUGGCGCCUUCCUGUGUACACGCCGUACCACAACACAGCAGAAGAAGAAACGUGCAGCCUGCAAGUCCGCCAAUGGAUCCCACAAGUAUAAGGGCAACUCCAAAGAUCUGAAGCCACCAGACCUCUGGAUCCACCACGAACGUUUGGAGCUAAAGCCUAUUGACAAAUCGCCCGAAACCAAUCCAGUAAUGACCGACACGCCAAUCCCCCGAUCCUCCAAGACUCACCCCGUUGACGGUUCCAUGGAUCCUAUGCUCCAGAGACGUAACUCGUACCGCGGCCAUGAAUCAGAGGACAGCAUGUCUACACUGGCAGGCCGUCGGGGAAUGAGACCUAAAAUGAUGAUGCCCUUUGAUGUACAACCCCCUCAGCCUGUGAUUAGUGCUCACCCCAUCCAUUCCCUCGAUAACCAUCACCAUCAUUAUCACUUGGGCAGCCUGGCCUCGCCGACACGCGGCUAUCUCCACCACCAGAGCAGCACACGGUCCAUCGCCACCCCCAUCUCUCAUCUAGACAGGGCAGAGUCCACAGAGUCUGUAAGGAACACCCCUAGUGCCGACCUGCUCCCACCGUCUGGGCAGCCCUCCUGUACCACUGACCUUUCAGAGACAGACAUUAGCUACCACAGCUCAGUCACUGAGGAGGAGCCAGCUUUCGGUACGCCCACAGCACACGUUCGUCCCACACACCCUCUCAAGAGUUUUGCAGUGCCGGCCGUCCCAGCUCACCCCAUGUAUGACUCGGCAUUGCCUAGCACUCCAUUGCUGUCUCAGACAGUUAAAACAGCCUCUAUCGGUACAUUGGGAAGGACGAGAACUCCAAUGCCUGUCAUAGUUCCAAGUGCACCGGAUGGUUCGGAAGGCAUCAGACUUCAUGAAGAUGCAGGGAGUAAUUACGAGACGGAUGAGUUGACUGAGGAAAUGGCCCAUCUGGAGGGCUUAAUGAAGGACCUAAACGCCAUCACGACAGCCUGAGCACAAUCCUCACAAUAACACUAGACCUUCCCCGCCACGGGGAGGACGCUCGGCACGGAGGAGUUCUCAAUCAUUCGCUAAACGGAAAGAGACGGAGAGUGAGAUAGGAAAAAACAAUAACGUUUGGGAUACCUUGCUUGCUCUCAGGAAGGAGAAACCCAUCAAACGAGGACAGCGGACAUGCGGUUACUUCAUUGAGAUGAUUGCGAUUUUUCUCUCGGCAUCCUACGUAAAUGUUUCCUUUUAUUUUAGUGGAGACCGUUUCAAAAGACACCAUUUUAAUAUCCUACGAAAAAAAGGAAAGCUACAAUAUGCUGGUGUACGUGUUGGUGCUUGUAAGGCACACUUUACAGUGUUUCAUUUGUGUCUUUUUUUGUAUCGAUAUAUAUAUUGCCCCCCGUUCCAGUGAGGUGAACGUUGGACAACGUCCUUUUUAUUUCUGCAAGGCAUUUUGUAUCAAGCAUUUUGAUUGAUGUCUCUCUCUCUUUUGUAUGUCAUAUAACGUGCCAUGUCUUAUUAUUUUCUUAAACAUGUUUUGUAUUGUUUUAUAUGCAUAUACACUUAUCAGUUUGUAUAUAUGUUUAAUACGGACUCAUGUUGUCACCACAGUAAUGUUUCUGACCUCUCUUUGCAAUUUUAAUUUUUGCAGUCUGCAAUUCCCCUUCAACAUUUUGCCUGUUUUAAAUGGGAGUUCCCUUCAGAUAUGCCUUAUUAAAAUUUGUGUGGAAUGGCAGAAAUCAGUUCAACUGGGAAAUGUUUAUCACACAACACUGUGAUAUUUAUUCUGUAAUGCUGACAACGUAGACCUCCAGCACACAUGCUGGACUCGGUGCUGAAACUCCAAAACUUCAGGUUCUCACAUGAUGAUAAAUGAAUGAAUUUGGUACAUUUGAAAGUGCUUUAUAUGGUUGAUUUCCUCUUGCUGCAUUGGUCUGAAUUCUUCUAUCAGAGCUUAGACAAACUCAAUGAAUGAAUGACAUUCACUGUGAGAUUUUACAGGCCACAUUCUUGGCAUUUGAUGCAACAAGACUUUUAUGCAGAACUCCCAGUGCUCAUCUUUUAUUUUCCAUUAUAUUCGUUUCAUAUGAAGAACUUGUAUAAAAUCUCAACCUGCGAGGCAAAAAAAAAAAAAAAAACCCUACUGUUCCUACCCUGCUGGAUAUGGUUUUGUUCUGUACUUUUACCCAAAGAAAAUAUGUAACAGCAAUCAUAAUUUUGUUUUAUGAAUCUAAUGUCUCCUGUAAGAAAUUCUGGGUAACUAUAGGAGCAUGUUAAAAAGCGUGGUAAAAACAACACAACCUAUUUGGGAUAACCGAUCAAGUUGUAGACAGUCAAACCUUUAUUGCACUUUUUCAACAAUUUCAAGAACUUUUACAUAUCCUGUGUUUUGAAUAUAAAGCUCUAUUUGUGUAAUGUAGUGUCAUAGGUUAGCAUAGGCAGCUGGUCUUAUUUGUUCUUUUGCCUCUGGAAUAUUAUUUGAGCGGCAGGUUUUACUGUAUUGCAUAUGCAGAAUUAUGUUGUUGCUUAUUUCUGUACAAAGAUCUUCUCGCUGUCUCUAGAAAUACUCUGUGGCUUUUUAAAAAAAAAUAUUCUAAAAACA